GCUGUGUGAUUUCCUGAAGACUCUGUUGCUGGUGCUAGGGAUAAAAACUCAUUGACACACACAAUAACCUCCAAGUCUCCAGUUUCUAUUUUUCCACCCUCCCUCACCCUACCCCUCCCUUGUUUGGCACCAGAGGAGCCAAACUCACCCAUGCUUUAAACAGUUUGAAGACCAAUCUGAAAGAGGAAGAAGGAUCUGUAUACAUUGACUAGCAUGUGCCCUGCCCCCUCCGCUCUUAAAAACAGCAGCAGCCCAUCUUUUCAAGGAAGCUUGCCUGAAGAGCAGGCGUCCUGUGAAUGAAGUGCACUCUCAGGGUCCUACAGGUUAUUUAGAUCCACUGUGCAUGCAGAUCACCAAUGACGGCUUAGCUGUGCAAGAAACAGGUACACUGGAUUUACUGAAGACUUGGAGUUUGCUUCUGAGAGCAAAAGCAAAAGGACCCUAAAGUGUCAACCUUGAACUGUGCAGUUUAGGCUUCACCUGAUAUUACAUCAGAAGAGGCACUGACCACAAACCAGAACCCUUCUUGAAAACUGCCACAGUGCCACAAAGAGGCACCAAGCAGACAUUCCUAGAAAAACAUGGAUGGAACUGGAAACCUGACAGCAUCCUCUGCCAGCAAUAACAUGUGCAAUAGCUCUAUUGAUGACUUCCGCAAUCAAGUGUACUCCACCAUGUACUCUAUGAUCUCCAUUGUGGGCUUCUUCGGCAAUGGCUUUGUGCUCUAUGUCCUCAUAAGAACAUAUCAUGAGAAGUCAGCCUUCCAAAUAUACAUGAUUAACUUAGCGGUAUCAGAUUUACUCUGCGUAUGUACACUGCCUCUCCGUGUGGUCUAUUAUGUUCACAAAGGCAUGUGGUUCUUUGGUGACAUUUUGUGUCGCCUCAGCACCUAUGCCUUGUAUGUCAACCUCUAUUGUAGCAUCUUCUUCAUGACCGCUAUGAGCUUUUUCCGGUGCAUUGCUAUUGUUUUUCCAGUCAAGAAUAUUAAUUUGGUGACAGAGAAAAAAGCCAAAUUUGUGUGUGCUAGCAUUUGGGUUUUUGUGAUUUUGACCAGUUCUCCAUUUUUAAUGUCCAAAAGUUACAAAGAUGAGAAAAACAAUACCAAGUGCUUUGAGCCUCCACAGGACAAUGAAACUAAGAAUCACAUUUUCAUCUUGCAUUAUGUGUCACUGCUUGUUGGGUUUCUCAUUCCUUUUAUUAUUAUAAUUGUCUGUUACACAAUGAUCAUUUUUACUUUGCUAAAAAAUUCCAUGCAGAAAAAUGUACCAAGUCGCAAAAAGGCUGUAGGAAUGAUUAUAAUCGUGACAGCUGCCUUUUUGAUCAGCUUCAUGCCAUAUCAUAUUCAACGUACCAUUCACCUUCACUUUUUGUACAAUGAAACUAAACCUUGUGAUUCUGUUCUUAGAAUGCAAAAGUCAGUGGUCAUAACCUUGUCUCUGGCUGCAUCAAACUGUUGUUUUGACCCUCUCCUGUAUUUCUUUUCAGGGGGUAACUUUAGGAGAAGGCUGUCUACAUUUAGAAAGCAUUCUCUGUCCAGCAUGACUUAUGUACCCAAGAAAAAGGUCUCAUUGCCAGAAAAGGAAGAUGAAGUAUGUAAAUAAUAGUAAAAACCCACCUCUGAUGCAAAUCAAUGAAAUAUAGUUUCCUAAGCAGGUAUUUUCUCAAAUAAUUACAAUAAAAAUGAUGAUUUCCAUUAAUAAUUUACAAAUACUUAA